CAGCCAGCUCAGUCAGCCGACGAUUGUUGAACCCGACAGACGUGCGCGCUCGAUCGGCGAGCUUUACUCGAUUUCUUGGUUGUUUUUUGACAAUUUCGCGUUUAAAGCGUGAUCACGCUAAAUUGCUUUUGUGUUUCAAUUGUGUGGCGUAGCUCCGGUUCUGUGGAACAUAACUCGAGAUCAGCAUAAAAAAGAUCUGAAUGUGAAAAGAAAGUUAAAACAGAAAGGAGUUGAUUGUAUAAUAACCGCAAGGAGCCGCUGGAAAAGUCCAAACAAAAACGUCUGUGAAGUGAACGUCUUGUGAGAGUGGAAAAAAUCAAAACACAAAAAAAAUCAUAAAUUAAUCAAAGCAUUGUUACAACACAAACGAUUUUCGGACUCGGAUUCUCUGCUUUUUUGGCGGAGAGGGCAAAAAAAAAGUCAAGAAAGCAAGAGGAAGAGGAAGCCAACAACAAAAUGUGCCGCUGCUGUCAAAACUGUUGGGAAGAUUUCUACUGGAACUGCUUCGAGGAGCGUUUUUGCUACGACGAAUCGAUUGCUAACUAUAACCCCGAGGACGAUGAGGACUACCUGGCGUCCAGAAAGAAUGGCCAGAUUAUUGGGCGUAUACAGCCGACAUCGGCGGAUAAUAACAAUUCGCUGACGGUGCCCCAGCCGAUUUGCGAUCAGCCGCAAAUGAGGCAGGGCAACUCGAGCUUGGGCCUGAGCCUAAUGAGCGCCAAGAUCCACGAGGAGGACUAUCGUCGGGAGACCCAGAUCAAUGUGCCCAACCUGGGACCGGAGAUAUUGGCGGUGUUUGCCAAUUCGCAGAUCUUCCAGGACCAUCAGCCCACCAAGCUGAACCGGAUUAGCACAAAGACCUAUCUGGCCGGGAUCCACUCGCCGAAUCGCGAGAUGCCGACGACUCCGCGUCUCAGUGAUCAGGAUCGAUUGCUGCGGCGUCUGGAAGGCGAUGCCACGGAUGCGAGAACUGGAUCGGCAGAGAAGCGGAUCACAUUCACCUUGGCCCCCAGUUCCGCGGAAUGCUCUCCUUCGGGAAGCCAGACGACACUUACCCCCAAGAAAUUCGAGGCCAUUGCCGAGGAGGAGAAGGAGGAUGACAAGGCCGAGGAAGGGGAGGAGGUCAUGGAGGAGGUGGUGCUGCGACCACGACUCAUCGACCGCCAUCCUCAUCUUUUGGCCAAUCCCAGUGGGCUGACCACCACGCCCAAGCGGAUCCUUCGAUCCGCCAAAAGCGUUCCGCACAUGAAUGUACGGUCGUCGGCCAGCGAAACGGACAUAUUCUCCAUUAGCGGCACGAUGACCGGAAGCAGCCAGAUUAGCAUGACGCCCGAGGUGCCCUCGAUAUCGUUUAGCAAUCUGCCGAAGAACUACGAGGACACGCCCACCAUCGAAAAGUACAGGGUAUCCCAGAGUCUGUAUUCCAUCCAGACGGCCAAUGCAGCGCGGGCCACCCAAGACGAUUACUCGAUGCCGCGCUAUUUCCGUCGAUCUGCCAUGCUACUGACCCAGAGUUCCGAGGUUCUGCCCGGUGCCAGUUCAUUGGGUUCCAUGUCGCUAUCGAUGGCCUCUUCCUCUGCCUCUCCGGGGUCCUCCAAGGACGAACUGCGACGGCCCGAGAAGGAGAAGAGCAAGCGUCUCCAGUUGCUGCGCGGAAAUCUGCCGCCCCUGCUCAUCCACUCCGUGUCCUUCAAACGCAAUCGUGACGAGGGGAAGCAGGUGGACUAGUUGCAUUCCACAAUUAUAUAUUCGUUAACCAUCCUGUCCGUUUUUUAACUGUUUAAAUUGUCUUAGCUUUUAGUACCUGCUUAAGCGUUUUCUGUAUUAUGUUUUAAGAUAAGACCUUGUCCAACCCACUCACUCAGUAUUCGGAUGUACUUCAUUUUGCGUUUAUGAUUGAUAUUACAAAAUAAAUUGUAUUUUACCCCAACAAA